GGAGAGUAGUCGAUUAGAUAAAUGAUGAAACCUUUUUGGCUCCAAGUCUCAACGACAACUCCUCUCUUGUCUCUUCCUCUCUCUUCUUCUCUCCAUCUUCUCUGAUCAGUCUCUCUCUCUCUUUCUCUCGUAAUUUCUUGGAGACAUCUUUCUCUGUAAUUGUUCUUUUGAGAGAAACAAAAGUGAUUUUUAGUUUAUUAUUCCUCAUUCAAGUUAUCUACGUACACAUCAGUUGAUAAUCGAAGCAAUCCCCUCGAGAUCAAAACUUCUUGUGCUUUUUGUUGUUACCUAGAGAUCUUUUCCUAGAAAGUGGUCCAAGAAAAUCACAACAAAAAGGUCUCUGGAAACAAAUCAAAAUCUUUUCAUCCCUGUUUUGGAUUCUGUUUCUUUGAAUCCCCUCACAAAUUUGCCUUCAUCAUAACCUGAGAGACUCUGGAUUGUUUUCCACUUUUAUUAGGUGAGUGAUUACAGUCCAUCAACCAUGAUGAAGGCCUAAGCUGCGACUUGAGCCUUGGCCUUGGAAGUCACCGUAAAAUGUCAAAAAGACCGGACCUCCGACGAGGCAUGAUGACCAUUGUGGUCGUCACACUCCUCCUAUCAACUUUCCCGCCAAAUGUAGAAUCGACCGUUGAGAAACAAGCUCUGUUCCGGUUCAAAAACCGCCUCGAAGACCCUCACAACGUUCUACAAUCUUGGAAACCAUCCGAUUCCCCUUGCGUUUUUCGCGGCGUCACCUGUGAUCCGAUCUCCGGCGAAGUCACCGGUAUAUCUCUAGCCAACGCAAACCUCUCGGGAACCAUUUCUCCAUCAAUCUCAGCUCUCACAAAGCUAACUACGUUAUCACUUCCUUCCAACUUCAUCUCCGGAACAAUCCCGCCGGAGAUAACCAACUGCACAAACCUCAAAGUCCUCAAUCUCACCUCAAACCGGCUCUCCGGAACAAUCCCAAACCUUUCUCCUCUAAAAACCUUAGAGAUUCUCGACAUCUCCGGGAACUUUCUCACCGGAGAGUUCCAAAGCUGGAUUGGGAAUAUGACUCAGUUGGUAUCUCUCGGUCUCGGCAACAACCACUACUACGAAGGUACGAUUCCAGAGAGUCUUGGACGUUUAAAGAAACUCACUUGGCUCUUCUUAGCUCGCUCCAACUUGACAGGACAGAUUCCAAACUCCAUCUUUGAUCUCAACGGUCUCGACACUUUCGACAUCGCCAACAACGCAGUUUCCGGUGAUUUCCCAGUCUUGAUCACAAGAUUAGUAAACCUCACCAAGAUCGAGCUGUUCAACAACAGAUUAACCGGUGAAAUCCCUCCGGAGAUAAGGAACUUGACUCGUUUACGCGAGUUCGAUGUUUCUUCUAAUCAGCUAAACGGUUCUUUACCUCAAGAACUCGGAAUCUUGAAAGAGCUCAGAGUUUUCCACUGCCAUGAAAACAAAUUUACCGGCGAGUUCCCUCCUGGUUUCGGCGACCUUCUUCACCUCACUUCUCUUUCCAUUUACAGAAACAACUUCUCCGGUGACUUCCCUGUUAAUAUCGGCAAGUUCUCGCCGUUGGACACGGUUGAUAUAUCCGAGAACUUGUUCACAGGUCCGUUUCCAAGAUUCUUAUGCCAAAACAAGAAACUACUAUUCUUGCUCGCCUUGCAGAACGAUUUCUCCGGCGAGAUUCCGAGAUCAUACGCCGAGUGUAAGUCUCUCUUGAGACUAAGGAUUAACAAGAAUCGUCUAAGCGGUCAUGUUGUUGAAGGGUUUUGGGAUCUACCACUUGCUAAGAUGAUUGAUCUCAGCGAUAACGAACUCACGGGAGAGAUUUCUCCGGUGAUCGGACGUUCAACGGAACUGAGCCAGCUCAUUUUGCAGAACAAUAGAUUCUCCGGCAAGAUUCCUCGUGAACUUGGUAAACUGAUCAAUAUAGAGAGGAUUUAUCUGAGCGACAACAACUUUUCCGGGGACAUUCCGACAGAAGUGGGGGAGUUGAAAGAGUUGUCAUCUCUUCAUCUUGAAAACAAUUCGUUAACAGGAUCUAUCCCUCUUGGGUUGACGCGUUGUGUCAAACUUGUUGAUCUGAAUCUUGCCAAGAACUUGUUGACUGGAGAGAUACCGAAUAGUUUAUCUCAGGUUGCUUCUUUAAACUCGUUGGACUUCUCAGGGAACAGGCUAACGGGUGAGAUACCGGCGAGUCUUGUGAAGUUGAAGCUGAGUUUCAUCGAUUUGUCUAAAAAUCAACUUUCAGGAAGAAUACCACCGGAUCUUUUAGCGGUGGGAGGAUCCACCGCGUUCACUAAUAACGAGAAGCUUUGUGUUGAUAGCCAAAGCACCAAAACAAGUCAGAACUUGGGGCUUAGUGUUUGCAGUGGCUACCAACAUGUACGGAGGAAUGGUUCACUGGACGGAACACUCUUGUUCUUGUCUCUAGCGAUUGUUGUGGUAGUGCUUGUGACUGGUUUGUUAGCGUUGCGUUACAGAGUGGCGAAGAUACGUGAGCUUGAAUCAGAAAACGGAGAUGUUAGCAAGGCGGAUGCGAAAUGGAAGAUCGCGUCUUUCCAUCAGAUGGAGCUUGAUGCUGAGGAGAUAUGUAGGUUGGAUGAAGAUCAUGUGAUUGGAGCUGGAAGCGCGGGAAAAGUGUACCGUGUUGAUUUGAAAAAGGGUCGCGGGACAGUGGCGGUUAAGUGGUUGCGGAGAGGAGGAGAUGAACAAGUUGAUGGAACAGAGGUCUCUGUUGCGGAAAUGGAGAUUCUUGGGAAGAUCAGACAUAGAAACGUGUUGAAGCUCUACGCUUGUCUAGUUGGAAGAGGUUCUAGCUAUUUGGUGUUUGAGUUUAUGGAGAAUGGGAACUUGUAUCAUGCUCUUCGUCAGACUAUCAAAGGUGGAUUGCCGGAACUGGAUUGGUACAAGAGAUACAAAAUCGCAGUGGGUGCGGCUAAAGGAAUCACGUAUUUGCAUCAUGAUUGUUGUCCACCGAUCAUUCACAGAGAUAUUAAGUCGAGCAACAUCUUGCUUGAUGGAGACUACGAGUCGAAAAUUGCAGACUUUGGAGUUGCUAAAGUUGCAGACAAGGGAUACGAAUGGAGCUGUGUUGCUGGAACUCAUGGCUAUAUGGCUCCCGAGUUGGCUUACUCCUUCAAGGCGACGGAGAAGAGUGACGUAUACAGCUUCGGUGUGGUUCUUCUAGAGCUAGUUACCGGUCUUCGGCCGAUGGAAGAUAAGUUUGGAGAGGGGAAAGACAUUGUUGACUAUGUCUACUCACAGAUUCAACAAGAUCGGAGGAACCUCCGAAACGUCUUGGACAAGCAAGUUUUGUCGUCUUACGUAGAAGAAAGCAUGAUUAGAGUUCUGAAGAUGGGUCUCCUCUGCACUACAAAGCUCCCGAAUCUCAGACCGAGCAUGAGAGAGGUUGUGAGAAAGCUUGACGAUGCUGAUCCCUGCGUUUCCAAUUCUCUUGACAGAACAGGGAAGAUUACAGUAUAGGUUAGUUAAAUUAGUUAUAAUAGACGGGUUAAGUUGGUUACCUGUUCACAAGAGUAUGGGUUUGUUUAAAACUCGAGAGACUAGUUUUUUCAUAUUUAUAAAUUUGCAGUGAAAUGUCUAAGAGUUAUCAUAAAGAGACAUGGAUUAAGUUCUUCAGUAAACAUAAUAAACUAUAUAGUUAAUUCA